AUCAACACUUGACGGAAGCCCAGCUGUUCAGUCAGUGUUCGUUACACGUCUGAACUCUCAGGUUGUGUCCAAGCUCUCAGCUGUUGGCUAUCUUACGACUUCUAAGCCAAUCCCAGCGGUUCCUCUCGCCCCAGUAGCCCCGGCUGCACCCGCUGGCCCCCCGAUCGCCGCCCCAGCGCCACCUAUAGUCGCCGCCGCUUACAACGAGGACACCUUCUACAACCCGAUCCUCAAGAGGCUGGACCGGGUGUUCGCCGAGCUGGGGUUCACGGACGAGCCGUGCAAGGAGCGCUUGGUCUGUAGCAUGUACAAAGCCCCCGCCAGGUUCAGCCCGCACAGCAAUCUAGUAUCUGCCGAGAUAUCCAGGGAUCCUUCUGAACUGCAGAAGCCAGUCUUCUCGAAUCCGGCAGUGAUAAGGUUCUUCAGGUACGUCGAAGCGGCGAGGUCUGGCCAAGAAGGAAAGGAUUGCUUGGCUCUGUUCCCGACGUGCCCACUUCUGACAGAAUAAUGGCGCCCCAACCGCCUAGACCAGAGGCAACUUGGAAGCCCAGAUGGAGCUAUGCCUCCUCCACAGAUUCAUCUCUACUUGCAGUCUCUUCACCGCUGAACCUCAAUAGAAUAGUAUGUUUUGUGGUUGUACUUUGCGUUCUAAUAUUUGGUCUAGGGAUAGCCCUAGCAUUUAUAUUCAAUAAUAAGGAAACUACACACCAUGAAAUACAUUCUACAAAUCUAACAGAUUAUACAAAAUAUGUUAUUGUUCCAUCGGCCAGUUGAGUAAUCUUUUAUGUAAAUAAAACCUCUUUGACAAUACAAGAGCAAUCUGUAAAUACAAUUAUAUUUUUUUUUACAUUCUGAAUAAGAAGAAAUGAUAGUGUAAAGAUAUUUAGUUUCAUAUAAUUUAAUAUUAGAUAAUUGAUUAUGUUUUAUUUAUUUAUUUAUUCUAACAUUAUUGCAAGUAUUUUGAAUUUAAUCAAAUGUUAGACAAAUUCUAAAAAAUAAGAAUUGCUUUAAUAUUUGACACUAGACUCCCUUAAAUCUUCACUUUAUUAGUCAAAACCAAUUAUUGUCAUUGCAGUUAACAUAUAAACCUGCAGCAAAAAAAUCAAAAACUCUUUAAAUAUUUUGUGUAUUAAUAAUGUAACUAAAGAUGGAAUUUGUAAUUUUGGCAAAAGACGUCUGUUGCUGUUAAUAUAAUAAUUUCUGGAGAUGGAGAAAAUUCCUUGAAACAUUAAAUAAAAGUAAUGAUAAUUGUUUUUUAUUAAUAAAAAUUUUAAGGAAGUCUUGUAAUCAAAAUAAAAUCAAAUAGAUAUAAAAAGAGUUCUCAGAAAAUUUAAAAAAAUAAAUAUGAAUUGGGAAUGAUUCCUAGGAUUUUUUUAAUGUUUUAAAUAAUUGUUUUGAACAUUAAUGGAUUAUACUGAAACAAAACACAAUUAUUAGAACUAAUAAUAGAUUACUGCUAGAUGAUAUUUACCUAAAAAUUCAAAAUUAUUAUUAUUUUUUAAAAAGGUUUACUUUAAUCUAAUUUUAUUUAUUCAUUAAUGGAAAUAGUAAAAAAGUGUAUUUUAUAAUUUUUUUAUUUAAAUUACCAUUUCUUAGUUGAGAUAGAAGACAUUAUGUUCAAAUUGUACAUUUUGGUGUCGGGUUCGGGACAUAUUGUACAUAAUAUGUACAAUACAAUGUAUGUAUAGUUUGUACAAUAAAAUAAAUAACUUAUUCACAAACGAAACUCUUAUAACAAUUAAGUUGUACUGUUUAUAAUGAAAAUACCAUGAAGUCGAUGAUAUAGGACUGAUAAAUGGAUAUAUUUGUACGUAAAGUCAGUAAAUGUAAUUUAUUAGUCAAAUGUAUAAAUGUGAGUGAGCUUGUAAUUUGUAAUUGUAAAAACUGAACAACUGUUUAACUUGCAUUUGUUUAACGAAUGUCAAGCAUGAGUGUAUUUAUUGAGAGAAUGUGAAAUAUUUAUUGAAAUUAUAUGCUCAAUGUUGUUUUCUUUUUAAGUUACAGUUUGGAAGGGGUGAGGAUACAUGUAUCUUUGUAUAUAAAAUAUGUUUCAGAAAAUAUAUUAUAUUCAUAAUACCAUUGUAUUUUUUUCCUCCACUAUAAAGCUAAUAAUUUAUAAUUCAACCUUUUGCUUGAAUCCUGUAGGUUAGGGCAAGUUUAUAAAUCCAGUGUUGAGUUCUUCGAUGGCAUCUGAAAUUCAUCAGAUCAUUUUUA